AUGAAGAAAUCUGAUCGUGUGGCCGCAGUUGCAACGUCGUCCGAUGACGGCAGAGACCUCGAACACAAGAGGGAAUCAUCUAUCUCGUGUUCUGCAAUCUUCUCGUCCUGCCCAACAUCUAGAAGUUACAGAAAUUUUUAUGAAAAGUUCGAGAUUUUAGCUGCCUCAGACAUGGUUGUAAUAGUGCCGGAUAUGCGUUUAAAAUGAAUAUCGUUAGAAAAGACUAGUCGUAAAUAAAGG